AUGAAUGUACUAUUAACGAGACAUGCCGCAAAAUAUAUUUAUUGCAUUCCUGAAGGACUUAGAGAGCUCAUGACGGAUAUUUCAAGGGAAGUACUACGAAGUCAACCGGAAAACAUGUAUCUUUUCAUAGCGGAUUACUUAGAAGCUUUACUUAUUACCAGAGAAAACGCGAGAAUUGCUGCAAGAAUGGUUCAAAGUAUAACUGAGAUAGCGGAAGCUACCGUGGAGUUUUUACAACAAAGUGGUUUGGAUAAACCGCAAGUUGAUAAGAUAGUAGAAAUUAUACACGAAGCAUUCAAGAAACGAAUCAGGGAUGACGUUAUAACGAUACAAGCCGAACAACAAACGGAAGAAAUAGAAGAAGCUAACAUCAUAGCGGAUAUACUCGAACAAGCGGAAAUUCCAUCGGAUUUAGCAGAAGAGUCCGCUAAAAUAAUCCAACAGGCAUAUAGGAAAUUCAAGACGAGAAAACAGAUGGAAAGACAGCUCUUAAGUGGAAUUAUCGAUUGGAGAAUAGCCGCUAGAAGCGCCAUAAGAUUAUACAGACAAACCGGUGUUACUAACGAAGAAGCUAACAGAGCUGCUACUUUAAUAAAAGCUGCUUACAAAGGUUAUUAUACCCGACGUAUUAUGAAAAAACUCAAAGACGAACAAAAAUUCUUACAUCCGAUGUUGGAAGAGGAAGAAGUUGCCAUUGAACCCGAAGAAGCACAAGAAUUCGAUUUCGAAUAUAAACAAAUGUAUUCCGUUGAUUCGAAAACCGUCAAAAUCGAUUAUGACACUGUUAUACCCCACGUAGAUUUCGGAGACGUCACCACUGCUGAGGCCGCGAAAGAAGAAAUAGUAACGCAAAAAAAAGAAUCGACGCCGUCAGCUAUUAUUUCGUAUGCUUUGGAUAAAAUUUUGGAUAACGUUAUGAAAAAAUCUGAUCAGAAUUAUGCCAAAAUCGCUGUAGAAACGCCUCCUCCGGAAUCAGAAGAACCGAAGGACGAAAUUUGGCACGUCGAGAAUUAUCUAGAAGAAGAAACGGAAGGUGCUUGA